UCGGAGUUACGUCGGGUGUUGAAAGAUAUGUACGUGCUAUACGGUGGGAUCCGGUUGCCCUUUUCCGCGAUCUACUUCGUGUGAUCCCUUGAGUCUCCGGACGGUAAUUAUAGUGCCGUGCGCGUGUGAUUAUUACAAGUGUCUCAGUCGACGGAUCGGAUUCCAGAUCAAGUGCUACAUGAAAGUGUUUGCGAAGUUGGCGUUAAUUACUGCGUUCUGAAGAAACUGGGCCAAGUGUGAGUUUCGUUUCGUGGUGGAAAGCAUACAUGAAGACACCGGUGUUUUUGUUUUUGACCGUGAAUCGAGUUCAAUAGCGUUAAAUCGAAGCAGUACUCGUGCGGUACACAAAAGUGCUGGAAGCAACAGUGAAAAGUGGAUAGGAUAAAAGAAAAUAAAAACGAGCGCAACUGGCAGAGGUGGGAAAUUAUCGGUUCAUUUAUCGUGAUUAUAACCGGGGCGCGCGAUAUAUUGAGACGGCCACCGGUCGACCAACCGUCCGCCCGCCGCAAGUAGUCUUUAUCGGAGAAGACAAAGUGCAUUGCAGAAGAAGAAGAAGAAGAAUCCAACGAUAACCGUUGGCCAGUGUUUUCGUACGGCUAGUUUCGCGUUUCAUGUGUUUGAACAACCGAACGAAGCUCAGUCGCGUUUAUGUGUUCGCGAUUAAAUCGCAAGUUUCGCCCGCCGUGUGCCGGCGUUUGCCGUAUGCCCUGUGGUUGGAGAUUCCCAGGAAAUCUAUAGUCGAUUAACGCCGGUUUUAACACUAACUUGCACCGGUCAGCAGGAUCCCCACUUGGGUGUGCGUUCGCUGCGCUGAUUUUGGGUUUCGAUAAUUAUAAUAAAUAGGAGGGAGGUCGACUUCGCGGAAAACGCUGUCCCAGAGUAGGUUCUUGAAUAAAAACAAACCAAGGAUGAUGAUGGUUCGGUGUGCCUUCGUGAUUGUUUCGUUUAAUUCUGAGGAAGAAAGUGAUUAGAGAAUCAAAAAGUUGUGUAAACAGAGGUGCAGCAAAAAAGCUAGCAACCCUCAAGGUUUGUUUUAACAAGCGGAAAGAAAAAAAAAACAAAGGAUUAAGGAGAGUUAAAAGUCGACGGUGGAGUGUGAUUUUGCUUGUCUUCGACGGCAUCGUGAAAAAAAAGGAUACACAUUGAAACGAGAGCGUGUCUUCUGGUGCUAGUGUGCAUGUGUUCUGUUCGUGCUUUCUAACGGAAUCGAGUGAACAUAAAGAGGAAGUGAAAAUCCGAGUGUUCUACCGGUCGGUCGUGGGAACAACAACGACGAUGAGCAAACAUUUUAAUUUAAGGCCAUCAAAAGGAUAAAACGACGAAGCUCCGACUAAGGAACGAAAUCAACCUGUCGGUCGCUUGAAGAACAAUCACGACUCUUCAGAUCCGUGAGUGCAGAUAAAGAAAAAGUGAAUGUACUACAAUUCUACGUCGUCAAAACAGAUUUCAACAAACAACAGGCAACAGGUAUCACCUGGUCCUUCAUCCAAUGCCAAUAAGAGAGAGAGAGAAUGAAAAAACACUUCUCCGCUUACUACCUGGAGGCGCACUGCUAACGCUCGCCUGCGAUGAUACGAUGCUGCUGGUGGUGAUUGUGUAACGAGGGUGAAACGACAACAGCAACAGCAACAGCAACAGAGCUUCGCUUUCGACCAUCCUUCGCUGUCGGUUCAGUCUUCGGCGCGAAUGCGAUGCAAUCGGUCGGGUCCGGGAGUGAGCGUAAGUGCAGCAGAGGAAGCAAGUCUGGCCGUGCGACAGCGACUACGACAACGGCUACGGCGCGGCAAACACGACAUCUCGGCAGCGACGGUACGGUUCGGAGUGUAAUAUGUUACGGCGUGUCCUGGCGUAGGUAGACGUACGACUAUUUUUACGGCCGGAAGUGCCGUUGUGUGUCGGUGGAAAAUUUAUAAGAGUGCUGUUUCAAUUUGUGAGCGAAUGAAGCGAAUGGAUGUGAAGUGAAAAUCCCCAGUUUUUUUUAUUAUUGUCAACGACGGGAUAGGGGGGAAAACGUGUCGCAGCUUCCCCGCGCCGUAUGAGGACGGGUGCUUGCAGUAACUAGUGAAAAGCGGAAGAAAAGUGGUCUGUUUUGUGUGGAGCCGGUUGGAUGAAUAGUUUCGUGUGUCAGAGCCGGUCUCCUUUCAGAAGGCAAUUUUCCGCGCUAACCGGUCGGGUUUAAUGUUGUUGUGACCCAUAGAGUGUGGUAAAGUGUGGGAACCGGGGUUUCCUCUCAAUUUCAUCAAUGUUCUCAGCUUGUACCAUUACCGAGAGAAGAAGGAGUGUAAAAGUCAGUGCUUCGUUUGAUGGUGUUGUGUAGAGGAAGGGAGUGAAGAAUAGCGAGUGUAAUUAAAAAUUUAUUGAAAAAAAAUCUUAAUUAGAGAACACCAGAGGUGGAAGUGUGUAACAAGAAGAAUUAUUUGCCAGAGUGGUUCGAGAAAGCGAAAACCUAGAAGGACGACGGUUCGUGGAUGCUGUUGAGGAUUACGAGAUUGUUACACCGGAGUAACGUCGUUUGUAUCAGCGAAAGCAGCCACAGAAGCCGGAACAAAACAAUUGUUUCUUUCCCGCCAACGUCACCAUUGUCAAUGGAACCACGGUGACUGCCACCCGUCAAGAUUUUUCCUCCUGUCGUACCGUGGUACCACAAAGCCGCAAUCCUUCCAGCCACAGGAGCACCACAUCGACGGUACAGCGAUUACGUUAGCUGUGGUGGUUGAACCAUUCAUUAUUGUUCCACACUCUGAUGUAUUGUUACAGUAAAGAACCGAGAUUGUGUUCCGUACAUACACGUGCACAUAACUCUUUCCCUGGGACGGUGUAUCCUGUUUUUUCACCGUUCCGUUCAACAGUUCCUUUGCAAGCCACAAACACACACAUACACAUCCGCGUGGAAAAGCGACUUCCAAUGACUGCAUGAAGCUAACCGACUCUGCCAGCGAGCAAGGAGACGACAGACCUUAAACCUUUAUUCAGAUCCAGAAGCGUGGAAGGAAAGGCAGAUAACAUGAGCAUAAAUAAAGUAACGCUGUUUCAAUUAUUUAUUAUCGUGCUCUCAGUUGCAGCCGUAAUUGGCUCGAAAGUGAAUAAAGAGCGCCAGUUGAGACAGCAACAGCAAAAGUUCCUGGGUGGUGGUGAUUCCACGUCGGCCACCAACGGUGGAGACAAAGGUCACCAAAGUAGUAGUGCCGAUGAGAACCCUAUCGAUUUCGGGUACAUAUCGGAUUCUCAGGGACUUCCGACCAAAUUUGGCGACGAGGACGAUGUGGUGUUUGCAAGGAAGCAAAAUGAGAGCGGAGCCACUCACCCGUUUGUUUCGGGAGCCGCUAGUAGUGGCGCUGAAAACGGGCAAAGCCCUGCGAUUGGCAAUGUAAAGCCUCUGCUAGGUCAUGGUAGUGAUUACGAUUAUGAUUACGAGGAGGAACUGGACCAUCCAGAUGACAAUGAUAGUCGUGAUAAGGAUAAUAGUGGCAGUAAUCGUAACCACGAUUUGGGAGAUUACACCGACGGGUUCGACGUGGAUGCGAUAGAUCAAAUUGAAAGUUUUGGUGAGGGAAGUGAUACGACCAGUUCGCUUCCGGUGUUUCUAGUCGAACCACAGAACACUUAUGUGAUAAAGAAUCGACCGGCGGUGCUGCAGUGCAAAGCAUCGCACGCCUUUCAGAUCUCGUUCAAGUGCAGCGGUGGCAACAAGCCCCCACUGACGACGCUGGAGACGCACGUGGACCCCCAUACCGGGGUUCAGCUGCAGGAAGCCACCACCACCAUCACCCGCGAGCUGGUCGACGAGUUCUUCGGUCGGGGUCCGUUCAAGUGCGACUGCCACGCCAGAUCGUCGCGAGGUGUCGUUCGGACCCAGCCGGCCACCAUCCAAGUCGCAUAUAUCAAGAGGCAGAUCAGCAUCACGCCGAAGUCGGUCCGCGUCGAGCUGGGUGGUCGGGCGGAGAUCAUUUGCAGCGUGAACGCCACCCCGGUCGCCAAGAUCAGCUGGCACAAAAAUGGCAUCCCUCUGGUCGCCAAUCCGCCGGUUGUGAUCACCGUCGAGGACAAAGUACUGAUCGCCCACGUGACGAUGCAGGACAUGGCCAAUUAUACAUGUGUAGCGGAGAACAUUGCCGGCAAGCGUGUUUCGGAUCCCGUCAGUCUCACUGUCUACGUUGACGGAGACUGGAGCUCCUGGGGACCUUGGACCGACUGCAAAUGUCCAGGCCAUCCGAAGCAAGGUCAGAAGCGAUCUCGGGUGUGCAACAAUCCGCUGCCACUGAACAGUGGUGCCCCCUGCGUUGGCCACAACACAGAAACCACUCCGGACUGUCUGCCCUGCACAGCCGGCCGUUGGUCGUCCUGGUCCGAGUGGAGUGAAUGUGCCCCGGACUGUACCCAUACGCGUCAUCGGUCCUGCAUCGGCGGGCCCAUCGUUGCCUCGUCCUCGGCAGCGGCCGCCCUGGUGGCCAAUUCGUCUACUAGCGGCAGCAGCAGCAGUGGCGACAAACAAUCGUACGAUUCGAGCACCAUCAAUUGUGUCGGCAAGAGUCUGCAGUCAUCCAAAUGUACCGGAGGGGCGUGCAACUACAGCGUUCAAGGUUCUAACUGGACCAUCUACGUAGGUUUGGCGCUAACAGCAGCAUUUUGUAUAGCGAUUGGAGCCGGACUAACGCGAAUCGCCCGUCGGAAGAAGACCAUCCCUGCUUAUAACCUUGCAAGAUCAGAAAUACCAUCGGAAUACUUCCCGCCCGAGAGCAAGAAGCUUACCCAUUUUCAGCCCGAUUUGACGCAGAAUACGGUGGCCAUAAAUUACGAGUAUCCCCUGACGCCGCACCACCAGAGCCAGCCGACGUCCCAGCAUCAUCUGCUCCAGCAUCAGCAGCAACAAUCACAGCAUCACGGAAUGUUCGCGGGAGGACAGCAAUCGUCACAUCCAGCGGGUGCAGGACAUCAUCAGAGCAAUUCGCUGAAAAAUUCGGCACCCUUUCCCCGGUCCAGCUCCGAGCAUCACUACGAUGUGCCGCAUUUGUGCAAUAACUACAUGUACCCGCUAGACAAAAUCAGCAUCAAUGAAUCAUACUCGUCGUCCAGCUAUUCGAAGCGAGUCUGCAGCGUAGAAUCCCUGGCCACCUCAACCAACACAUCCGGCGAAUCCAACUACGACCACGCGGUGGUAGCCAACUCAACACUCUCGGCGACGACAGUCGAUCAACCAGCAGCAGCCACGUUCCGCACCACCGAUUGCACCCAGAUGACACUGACCCUGGCCGGGGCUCUAAUGCGACUCAACACCUACUCGGUUGCCCUGCUGGUACCCGAAGGAGCCGUCUCGAAGCAUCAGAAGCAAAACAUAGUACUUUCGAUCGUGAAAGACGACAAGUUUUCAAUCCAGAGCCAGGGAUCCCGAAUCACUUGCCUUAGUCCGGUGGUGUGCUGUGCUCCACCGGAUACCAAGAUACACAAAUCGAUCGUGCUGAAGGUGCCUCACUGUGCGGAGAACUUAUCCAACUGGCAGUUCUCGCUGUAUCACUCGCCGGACAGUGCAACUCGGUGGAGCGAAGUGGUUACCCUUGGCAAGGAGAACAUAAACACGCCUGCCUUCGUGCAGAUCGAUAAGCGGUACGCGUACAUCCUAACGGAGGCUUUCGGCAAGUAUGUGCUGGUAGGAGAAUCGGCAAAUGAUAUCCAGGAGCGAGUAGCCUGUAAAAAACUGCGAAUGUUCAUCUGUGGACCUUCAACCGUACCGGAGUUCUCGGACGUCAGUAUACGAAUCUAUAUUGUGGAGGAUAAUCCGGGAGCUGAGGAACGGUGUAGAUACUGUGAACAGGAAAUUGGGGGUGUCGUACUUGGAAAAAGUACGGUGCUCUUUUUCUCGGACAAUAGUCAAGAUCUGUGUAUAGAUAUUAGAUGCGUGGGCGGAUGGAAGUCGAAGCCGUACGGCGAUCGGCAGGUAAUCCCGUUUUCGCACGUGUGGAACAACAGUAACUCGACGUUGCACUGUAGCUUCACGCUUAGUCGGACGGAGCACGACAAGUGUGAUUUCAAAAUCGAUGUUCAAGCGAUUCAGGAAAACAGCGGAUUCAACGUGGCUCCGUCCUGCUUGAGCAUUUCGUCCUUUACCCCCCUCUCGAAAGAUGGCAGCAACUGCCAGCACUCGUCAAGUUCCUUCGAAACGAUGACCAUCUGUAGUGUGGGUUCAAAUUCCGCAAACGGCGAAAACAACGUGAUCAACACCGACAAAUUCCGCCUAACGAAACUGGUGAAGAAGAAACUAUGCAAAUGUUUAGAUCCCCCCACACAGAAGGGCAACGAUUGGCGCAUGCUGGCGGCUCAUCUGAAUGUGGAUCGCUAUCUGGCCUAUUUCGCUACGAAACCCUCACCCACCGACCAGAUUCUGGACCUGUGGGAGUGCCGAAACCGGGAUUUGAAUGCCGUCUGCAAUCUGAUCGAGAUCUGCCGUAAUAUGGGCCGUCACGACGCUGUUAGCAUACUGCAAGAUAUUCAAUCGCCUUCCUGGCUGUAGGUUAUUAGCGUAAUAGGCAGCAGUAAAUUUAUACGUAACCGUCAGGCGCUUUCCAGCGAUCGACAAAAUUUUGUUUCGUUUCGUCCUUCAUUAGAUUGUUUUUUUUUUCAAAGUUGAAUCAUAAGCCUAAUUUGUUGAUUACUUUCUAAUCAAACCAUCAAUCUUUGAUGCGAAUUGAAUUGCUACGUGGGCGAUUGACACGUGAUUCUUUACUUUAUGACGCUUUUCUUUGCCGCUCACUGAAAGACCGGUAGCCGCACAUUAUCAAUGAAUAGGAUCUGAUCAGGAAAGGCAACCCGCCGCAAGAUGCACUCUGCACACACGUAUAUAGGUCAAGUCAAUCUUUAUAAAUAUUUAUAAAUCGUUAUCUCUGUCGGGCUCGGUUUGAAUUCCCUUCUCUCUCUCCACCAUCAGCUGGAUUGUGGUUCAUUCAAUAGUGAAACUCUGUAACACUCGAUCUUUCUGCACCGGGCGGUAGUUCGGUUUUUGCCUUCAGCCGAUAAUAUAAACGCCAACGAUUCCUGCUAUACAAUAUUAUUGCAGCACCAACGAGUGUAGCUCCACGGUUAGCACUUCACUACAACAGGCAUCUACUAUUAUUAUUUAAAUUAGUGUUUUUCUCUGCACUUCUAUAGCCGCGCUGUGCAAUAGAGUUUAUCAGUUUACAAUUGGUGUUCACAAUAAAUAUAAUCUACCUACUUGUAGUUUCGGUUUGCCUAAGUCCGAAUAUUGUUUCGAACCAGAUUAAACCUAACCGCGUGCGAGUUUGCGAUUUCAGUAAACUUUAUUAUUUCCAAAGUCGUGGAUACCGAAUUAAAUUACAUACUCUAUUUCAGCUGAACGGCAAAUACCAAGAACACCGGGGCAAAUCAGUAGCUAUAACGAAAGUAACUCCUGAUUUUUGCGCCACCUCUUCUGGGCUGCGCUUCGUACCAAUUACAAUAGCGGUAGCCACUGCUUGCUAUUAAAUCAAUGGAAAAUACAACCAAGGUUAAUUGAGUAUUGAUAGCUCAAAUUGAUUUUAUCCCGCCUGAUUUAUCUUGCUCUAGGCUCAAUCACACGCCUUGUUCUGAGAUUCAAACAAUGCCCGCAAAGGUAAUAGGUAACGAAAUGAUUGGAGUAGACGCAGUUAUGAUUGAGUUGUCUUGUGUAAGUUUGCCGAUAGCGGGUUACUGAUUUGCCGUGAAACAAUUAUUAUUGGGUAAGCUUAGGUUGGUAAAUUUUCAAAGCUAGAAAUAUAAUAUCAACUUCGUGAAACCAAUAAAGUUGUCUACUAAAACCUCUACACUAUAACACUAUUUCCGGUUCACAUCAUUAAUUUGAAUCUACUUGAACAUUAGUUUGAGGAUUGUAUACUAUUCCCCAGGAAGCCAUUUCCCAGAAUUCCAUCCCCCCAGGAUGUAUCAUUCCCUAAAAAGCCAUUAUCCAGAAUGCCCCAUUCCUCUGAAAGCCAUUCCCAGGAAUGCUUCAUUCUCGAGAAAAGCUAAUGGUUUCAUUCAUUUUAUUGUGGUGAAGCCAAAACUGUGUACAUUACCCCAUUCAAGGAACUGAUACGGUGUAAAGCUACUGAAGAUGUGUAGUCGAAAGCGGCGGCCCCUCGUAAGUAAACCUGUUAUUCACUCGUAUAACCGGUUUACUUGAACGUAGGGAUUGGUUUCUUCUUCUGGUUUCGAUCAUGAGCAGUACUUUGAAUUGAUAUGCCAAAUAACUCUUGCAUGCAAACUUGUGAUCUUUUCGUCUACCCGCUUUAUUCAAACCAGGCCCGUGAAAAUUUUCAAGGGAGGGGUUUGAUUUAUUUCAUUCCUUAUAUAAACGCUCUAACUUUGAUGAUUUUUUUCCGGGGCCGGGAGGGCUGAGUCUUGGCUCAACAAAUUGGGACAAUGUCUGUUAUCGGGAAGUGUCGGAUUCCUACAGUUGUGGUUUGUAGUAAGCCUACUGACUAAACCCAAACCUCUUGUUCUUCUCAAUCCUUAUCUUUCCGAAGCCACCGUUAGGUAAUACUUCAGGAGGAAUUGUGCUCUUGCUCUUGUUAUUUUGUGUCAAUCGUUCGAGUUUUUUCCCCAUUGAUGCUGUUCCAGAGAUGCCGAGCAUAGCGACUUACAUCCCUUCACAAGAAUUUUCGCUGGGUUUUCGUAUCCUUCUUGCGACACUUGUUCCUAUUUCUCUAAUAGCUGAGAGCUUCCUGGUGGCGGAAUUUCUCCUGAUACCAUUUAGUUCUCAGUCACUCUGGCGUAGAGAUCACUUACGGUGAAAUUUUUCUGGAUAAUGUUAUUCCGAUUUUUUUCCGCGUUCAUGUUGUUCGUUCGUCAUUUUUCCUCAUUAGCAACUGUUGCUACGUCUACUACUGUUGUUAAUAUCGAAACUUGUCGAGACGGGAACCGAUUCAGUGAUGCCGACCAACUUGACUAACAUCCUUUUUCAGCCACACUGGCAGGGUUUCUUCAAAGUCUUGUUUCUAGAAUGACCGAACUGAAUUGAUACUGUGAAUGUCCAAACGGCUUGCAGUAUAUGGGGCUCUAAAUAAAUUCGAAGUUAUUUGGGUACUAGUUUAGAUACAUCGUCUAACGAGACACCCAGAUGGUGCUAGUUACUGACGAGAUGAAACCGAAACACAAAAAAGCAAAACUUAAUUUAAGAUGCCCUUAAAGCGCAAAACGGUUUAGUCCAAUUUUCCCUUUUGGUAAUUUAUUGCAAAAUUCGAAAGUAUUUUCAUACCCUAUAUCACAGAGAACAGACAUAUAAGCUAGAACAAACUUUCCCGAAAAAUCUGUGUAAACAUUUAAAUGAAAAUACGUUGAAAAUCACCAUCGCAUACAGGUUCGCAUGCGUGUGUCACCAUUGUAACCAAGUUUGCACACAAGUCCCGUAUAGCGAUUGCUGGCCUAUCGAAGCGCCAGCCAGUGGCAAGUUGCUACUUGCUGUUGUCAUUUCAAAGCGAUAGUUGUAUUUCUUACACAAGUUGAAAACUUUACUUGUAUGUCAGUUAUCAGUGCCUAUAUCAAAUGGUACCACAGACUAACAGACAUAAUACGCGACAAAAAUUCUUCGCCAACGUUAGCGGUUAUUUUGAAUAUAUUUUUUGUUGGAAAUGUGUUCGCAUUUGCGAUUAUGGCGCAACUGAUAUAUGCGCAAGUGUACGGGGGAAAACCCACUGCUAAAAAAAUGUUUCUGUGCCUGAUGGUUAACUAAAUUGAAAAUGAGUGGUCGAACCAUGGAUAAAUGGUGGAGCUAGUGUUUUGGCCAUAUUGACGGAUAAUGAAUUCAUCAUAGUGUUAUGCCUGUUAAUUUGUGCUUAUACUACACGACUGUUAUGUCAAUUGGCCAUCUACCAUAUAAUGUCCGAUGUCAGACGAUGAUGUGCCAAAGACUUUAUACCGAUCAGAAUUUUGCUCAAAAGUUGAGACAAUUCUUCAAGUCUUAUGCUGCUCUGUUUGUACUGAUUGUUUGUAAUAUGAAUAUAUUACAAUAAAUACCCUUAUUUUAAACAUUAGUUAUCCUUUUGAGUUAAAUUUUUGAUACAUUUUUGAAGUUAAGCAAUGUUUAUUUACCGAUUUUUGAGAUAGCUACUCGGAUCAAACCUUCUUAUUUGAUGCGUUUCAUUUGUCGUAUUCAUAUGACGGGAAAUAGAUUCAAAACAUUCCUCCUUUCAAGCCACAGAUACAGAGAGCCUACCAAACUGGAUAUUUCAUAAAGAACUCCAAUGACACUCCCAGCCUGUUUGUGACAUCGGAGCGGUUUGAAUUUCUCCAAUCCAAACACCUUUUGGCUAUUAACAAAUACUUCUUUUUAAAUUGGUAACAGUUCAUAAAAAUAGACUUUAAGCAAAAAGUACCAUGAAGCUCUGUAUGAAUUUUCUGGCAACAUUUGCUUUGUAACCGGGACCAUCAACCAGGAACGUCUUCAUUGAUAUGGCCGUCAUAUAAAUACGAUCAAAUGAGAAACUUUGAUCCUAAAACUUGAACCUAAAACUGAGUCAGGUUCUAACCCCAACCGCUGUCAGUUCAUACAUUUUGACAGCAGUUGGGGUUAGGAACUGACUCAGUUUCGCCUCAAACAAAAACCACAUAAAUAAACAUUGCGUAACUUCAAGUGUAUCAACACGCUUAUCCUCAGCUACUCAUUGCAACUAAAAUGCUUUUACUCAAAAAUGAGUAAAAUUUGUUUGAAAGUUUAAUGUAAUGUCUGGUCGAAGUAGGUCAUCUCUCUCCGACAUCGGUACUACAUAAUUCCUAAUAACCUCACCUACUUUUACUUAUUUUGACA